CAGGCCUAUACUAUCUAACCCUGGUUUGUCUGUUAGCGUGAAGCUUCUGUAAUAGGCAUUACGCUGCAUCUUCCUUCACUUUAGGCUUCUGAUAUGCUCUCUCUCGCUCUCUCUCUCUCUCGCUCUCUCUCUCUCUCGCUCUCUCUCUCUCUCUCUCUCUCCUCGCUCUUCCCCUCUCCUUCCUGUCUCUCUCACACACACUCUCUCUGUCUCUGUCUGUCUCGGCUCUCCCUAUCUCCCUUUCGCGCGCGCGCUCUCUCCCCCGCUCAUCUCUCCAUGUCUUCUUCUCCUCAUCUUAGUUUCUCCUGGUACAUUCCAUCUUUUCGCUGUUUCCUUGUAUCCUACUUGAUCAUGUCUAGUGACCCGCCAUGUGCCACGCCAAACGAACAGUCAGGUUUGGAUUGUACGCCUCUUCGUGCUGCUCCGGAGCUGGGGUAUGAUUCGUCGCAUACCGAACGACGAGAUGUCUUCGGCUCGUGAACUGGAGUCUAGCUUGGGGCAUUGUACUAGUAUCGCAUACGUGUGAUCGAACGAGGAUCAAUGAAUGGGCUCUCCAUUUUCGGCGUAGCGGGGCCGUCUGCGUAAGGUGAUAUCGUGCCGGGAAUAAACAGCCCAAGAACUGAGCAUCGGUCACUGAUCGGGAAAACAUGCCGGCCCGGACGCGGAGCGGGAAGCGAGGGUAACCUCAGACAUACACUUGCCUUUGUCAUCCACUUACUUCUUUCACG